CUGGCCAUGGCUGCGGCUAUUGCCAGCUCCCUCAUCAGGCAGAAAAGGCAGGCGAGGGAGCGGGAGAAGUCCAAUGCCUGCCGCUGCGUUAGCAGCCCCACUAAGACCAAGGGAACCUGCGAAAAGCCCAGCCGGCUGAACGUUUUUUCACGGGUCAAGCUUUUUGGUUCCAAGAAGAGGCGAAGGAGACGACCAGAGCCCCAGCUAAAGGGGAUUGUAACGAAGCUGUACAGUCGACAAGGCUUUCACCUGCAGCUGCAGGCAGAUGGAACCAUUGAUGGAACAAAGGAGGAGGACAGUGGUUACACCACGUUUAACCUCAUACCAGUGGGGCUGCGAGUGGUGGCCAUCCAGGGGGUGCAGACCAAACUAUAUCUGGCUAUGAACAGCGAGGGCUUUCUGUACACAUCGGAACACUUCACGAUAGAGUGCAAGUUCAAGGAGUCGGUGUUUGAGAACUACUACGUAACAUACUCCUCCAUGACGUACCGGCAGCAGCAGUCGGGCAGGGGCUGGUACCUCGGUCUGAACAAGGAGGGAGAAAUCAUGAAGGGGAACCAUGUCAAAAAGAACAAGCCAGCAGCCCACUUCCUUCCCAAGCCUCUAAAGGUGGCAAUGUACAGAGAGCCAUCCGUCCAUGACUUGACAGAGUUUUCCCGCUCUGGCAGUGGCACACCCACCAAGAGUCGGAGUGCCUCAGCUGUCCUCAACGGUGGCAAAGCCGUGAGCCAGAAUGAGUCGACGUAG